AUGUCAUUAGAAAUAACCAGAUCCAAAGAGGGCAUUUUCUUAAAACAUAGGAAGUAUACAUUGUCCUUACUUGAGAAUACUGGAUUUCUAGGGGCACAACCUGCAGCUCUUCCUAUGCAGCCUGACCUCAAGUUAAAUUCCACUGAUGGUGAUCUCUUACCUGAUGUUACACAAUAUCGCAGACUUGUUGGCAGAUUUCUUUACUUGACUUUAUCCAGACCAAAUAUUACUUUAUGUGUUCAAAAGCUGAGCCAAUUCUUAACUCAGCCCCGCGCGCCACAUCUUGAUGUUGUACAUCACCUCCUUCGUUAUUUGAAAGGCACACCCGGACAAAGAGUUUUAUUUACUUCUACUUCAUCACUUAAGCUUCAUGCCUUUUCUGAUGCUGAUUGGGCUACUUGUCCCGACACACGCCGGUCCACAACUGGCUUUUGUGUCUUCCUUGGUGAAUCUCUUGUGUCUUGGAAAUCAAAGAAGCAAACUACUGUUAGAAAGUCUUCUGCAGAAUCUGAAUAUAGAGCCUUGGCAGAAGUGACUUCUGAAGUUACAUGGCUUCAAUUAUUGCUAGUUGUUUUUCAAAUCAACACCGGUUCAAUUGCUGUUUAUUGCGACAAUCAAGCUGUCAUUCACAUUUCUUCCAAUCCUCAAUUUCAUGAGAGAACAAAAUUGAAAUUCUCGCAACCGUAG